CGUGAUCAGCGCUGUUGUGAGCGCAGCCUGCAGGGUAUAAAAGCGCGCGCACCUACCGCGCUCACAACACAGAGCGACGCAGACUUACUCAGGUGUUCUUGUCUGACUGUCAACAUGAGGGCUGCUGCAGUGGUACUUGCUCUGGCUCUGAUUGCUGGAUGCCAUGCUCGCGUUCUGCCUCAGGCUGAUCAGCCUCUGGCCAGAUGGGAAGAGUCAGUGGAACGCUUUUGGCAGUUCAUCUCAGAGCUUAACACUCAUGCUGAUAGUAUGGUGGAGAACAUAAAGCUAGGCAGCGAUCUUGAUACCCUCAUCACUAAAACCAUGGCUGAGCUGAACAUGUACAGGGGGGACAUUGAGACCAAACUGGCUCCCUAUGCUACGGAUGCCUCUAGUCAGCUGAAGCAAGAUCUGGAUCUGCUGACCAGUAAGCUGCAGACUGACAUGAUCGAUGCCAAGGAGCGCUCCACCCAGUACCUACAGGAGCUGAAAACCAUGAUGGGGCAAAAUGUAGAUGAUGUCAAGAACCGUAUCAACACUUACACUCGUAAGCUCAAGAAACGUCUGGGCAAGGACACUGACGAGAUCCGCAACACUCUGUCCACUUACCUGGGUGAGCUGCAAUCCCGUGCCAUGCAGAAUGCUGACACCGCAAGGACCCACUUCGAGCCUUAUGCAAAGCAGGUCCAGGAGGAUGUCAGCCAGAAGUUGGCCACCCUCACUGAGAUUCUACAGGACCAGACUCAGGACAUGAGCCAGCAGCUGGAGGCACAGGCCAAAGUGCUGAGGGAGCAGCUGGAGCAGACCGCCGACCAGCUUCGUACUUCCCUUGCGGGCCGCCUUGAGGAGCUCCUCACUCUCCUGAAUCCCCACAGUGAGAAGAUCCGUGAACAGCUCCAGACUGUCAUGGAAAAGAUCAGAGAGGCCUCAGCUGCUCUCCCUGUCGCACUGUAAAACUACCAAUUAUAACACUUUGUACCAAACACUGCAAGUUAAAGAGUAAACGCAAAAUUAGUCUAUAAAUGUUUGUUACUGAUGCUUUAUAGUUUUCACUUUUUGACAGGAAAACAAGAAAGGGAAAGAACUGGACUUGGUUUUUUACUGAAACAUGGGGCACUGUUUGUUAAUUACCAUGUGGGCUUUUUCAGUAUUAAUCCACUCAUUAACACUUUUUAAAGUGCAGUAGUUUAAUUACCUUGGUUAGUCAUGUUUCUGAAAUCUAUUACAUAGCAUAUAGGCAUUUUAUGAACACGGCAGAUUUACACAAUUUCUUCAUAGUACAACCAAACCUCAUGAAAUAUUGUCCACCCGUUUCAAUGAUACAAUUGUCUGUCUGCUAUUUUUGAACAUGUUUGCAAUAAAAACAAAUAAUGGAAAAAA